GCAGUCUCAGCUACUGGCCCACCGUGCCUUCGGCCAGCGAACGGAUUUGCGCUCGCGCCCCUAGUACUUUAUCGCCCUGCGCGCUUUCAACCAGCCGCUCCGCGCGCAGAUGUAAGACAUCGGAGUUUUUCAGAAGGAGAAGACUUGCUAUAGUUGUUACGGCUCCAUGGAGGACCGCUGCUCCCCGGAAAAUGAGAGGAUGGAAGCGUGGCUGGACGACCACUUGGAGUUCACCCACUCAUACUUUGUCAAGAAGGCAUCAAGGGAAAUGGUGAAUGCCUGGUUUGCUGAGCGUGCUCAUACCAUCCAGCCACCUGUCCCUAAAGAAAACUAUUCCCAGCAGCGAACCCACCAGUCCUCCUUAGAUCUUUGCUCUUCUUCUAACUUCACCACCCUCUUGGACAACUGCUGCCCCUCCCCUGCCACCGUACCUAGCCCAGCUCCUGGUACCCCAACUCGCAAAAUCUCAGCUUCAGAAUUUGACCGCCCACUAAGACCCAUUGUGGUCAAAGACUCUGAGGGGUCCCUCACAUUUCUGAGUGACUCGGAACGGGAACCCAUCCCUCUCUGUGGUUCGGUGAUGGGAGAGGGUGGUGGUGAUGAUGGGAAUGGCAGGGAGGUUGACCGCUGCACCAGAAUGCUGGAGCUAGUAAAGGAAGUAUCAAGUUAUCUGGAUGUGACAGCGCUCUGCCAUAAGAUCUUCCUACACAUCAAUGAGCUGAUCACUGCAGACCGAUACUCACUCUUUCUGGUGGGUGAAGACAGCUCCAACAGGAAGUUUUUGGUCAGCCGGCUGUUUGAUGUUGCUGAAGGAUCCACAUUGGAAGAAUCAUCCACCAGCUGCAUCCGACUAGAAUGGAACAAGGGGAUAGUGGGGCAUGUAGCUUCCACAGGACAGCUGCUCAAUAUCAAGAAUGCAUAUGAGGAUCCAAGAUUCAACGCAGAAGUUGACCUGAUCACAGGCUACAAAACCCAAAGUAUCCUUUGUCUACCCAUCAAGAACCACAGAGGAGAGGUUGUUGGAGUGGUUCAGGCUAUUAACAAGAAAUGUGGAGAGAAUGGUGCCUUCACUGAACAGGAUGAGAAGGAUUUUUCAGCCUAUCUAGCCUUUUCAGGCAUAGUUCUGCACAAUGCGCAGCUGUACGAGACAUCGCAGUUGGAAAACAGACGCAAUCAGGUGCUGUUGGAUCUGGCCAGACUGAUCUUUGAGGAGCAGCAAUGUUUGAAGGUUGUGCUGCGGAAGAUUGCCGGAACCAUCCUGUCCUUCAUGCAGGCUCAGGCAUGCACUAUUUUCAUUGCUGAUGACGACUCAAUGAAUUCCUUCUCCACUGUGUUUCACAUGGAACAUGAGGAGCUGAGGGAAGUCCUAGAUACACCCAAAAGAGACUGUGAUGUCAGUCAGAUAAACUACAUGUACGCUCAGUAUGUUAGAAACACCAUGCAACCUCUCAACAUCACCGACGUCACCAAGGACCAGCGCUUCCCUUGGACAUGUGAAAGCCCUGAUCACUCCAGCAGUCGGAUAAAAAGUUUGCUCUGCACUCCAAUCAGAAAUGGCAAGAAAGACAAAGUCAUAGGUGUGUGCCAGUUGGUGAACAAAACGGACGAAGCGUCAAGCACCGUCAAGACCUUCAACAGAAACGAUGAGCAGUUCCUGGAAGCGUUUGCCAUUUUCUGUGGCCUUGGCAUUCAGAACACACAGAUGUAUGAGACUGUGGAGAGAGCCAUGGCCAAACAGGAGGUCACUCUGGAGGUUUUAUCAUAUCAUGCCUCUGCCACUGAGGAGGAAACCCAGGAACUUCAGGUGACCACAGUUCCUUCAGCACAGUCGCUGCAUCUGCUGGACUUCAGUUUCAGUGAUUUCGACUUGUCAGACACUGAAACCACCCUGGCUACUAUCCGCAUGUUUAUUGACCUCAAACUGAUCCAGAACUUCCAGAUGAAGUACACGACCUUGUGCCAGUGGGUUCUCAGUGUCAGGAAGAACUACAGGAAGAGUGUGGCCUAUCACAACUGGAGACAUGCACUGAACACAGCACAGUUCAUGUUUGCUCUGCUCAAGUCAGGACGCUUACAGAAUAACCUGAAUGAUGUGGAGAUCUUGGCCCUGAUGAUUGCAACUCUCUGCCAUGACUUGGACCACAGGGGAGUCAACAACUCCUACAUACAGAGGAGUGAUCACCCACUGGCCCAGCUGUACUGUCACUCUACCAUGGAGCAUCACCACUUUGACCAGUGCCUCAUGAUCCUCAAUAGCCCUGGAAACCAGAUCCUCAGUGGUCUCUCUUUGGCAGAGUACAAGACCACUCUGAAGAUGAUUGAGCAGGCAAUACUGGCCACGGACCUCGCCCUGUAUAUGAAAAGACGAGAAGAGUUCUUUGAGCUGACCAAGAACAACCAGUUUGUUUGGGAGGAUGACCAUCACAGGGAACUCCUCAGGUCAAUGCUGAUGACUGCAUGCGACAUCUCUGCCAUCACUAAACCCUGGCCGGUUCAAAAAAGGAUCGCAGAACUUGUGGCCACUGAAUUCUUUGAACAGGGGGACAAAGAGCGUCGGGAACUGAACAUUGAGCCUAUUGAUCUUAUGAAUCGUGAGAAAAGAGAUAAGAUACCCAGCAUGCAGGUUUCCUUCAUUGAUGCCAUUUGUGUUCAGCUAUAUGAGACCUUGGCUGGCUUAUCAGAGCACUGCUGCCCUCUGCUGGAAGGGUGUCAGAAAAACCGGCAGCAUUGGAAGCAUCUGGCUGAGAACUGUGAGAAAGGCCUGGACAAUGAACUGGUGUGAUCCAACUACAGUUUGGCUUCUGGAAAAACUGCAAAUUCCAGGACUGCUCCCUGUGUCUCCCAGACUCACUAAGCAUUCAUAAGAUUAGUAUGGUACUACAGACCUGUUUUGUGGACUAUGGGAUUUUAACCAUUUCUGAUAAAGGAAAGUCACCAUAAGGUCUCAAAUGUUAUGUGGUUCUCACCAAGCAUUUCUUCCCACAUCUGUCACUGCAAUCAUGCUAUCCUCUCAAAGCUAAACGUUCUGGUGUGUUCCAUUUAUCUUGGAAGUCGGAUCUAAGAUAUGAGAACAUAGGCGUAACUUCCUGAAGGCCUGGUGUGGACAUAUCCCCACCAACUCUAGCCUGAGGGGGAGAGUCCCCACCAAUAUUUCCUACAUAGUUUCGCUUUAUGUACCUGCAUAUAUUUGUGGACAGUAACUUGGCAGCAGCUGCGCGCUGUGUAUAAAGUAUUAACAGCCAGUGGACGACUGCUUUUGAAAAUUUCAUUGUAAAAUGUAAAUGCCAAGUCCGGUCAGUGAUCUAGUUGAUAAAAGGACAUUGCAAGACUUGCAGUGAGCCACAUGCGUUAUUGGUCUGAGCCUGGAAUAUCGGUGGUCGAGGAAAUGACACAAUCAAGCAAAGAAUCUGAAAAAAUGACACAGUGUUUUGCUAUCAAUUGAAAACUAUGACAGCAAGAUAACAAGAUCCAAGAGAAUCACAUUUUGCAUGUUCAGUAAAAAGUUUGAAUUAAAGUGGAGAGUAGGUUAACUAUGCUGUAGCUUAACUUUGACAAACUUAUCAUACCCAAGCUGCAUCAUUUCAGUGUGUUUCGGUUCACUUAGCACAAAAAUAAGGUGACCCACACAUCUACUUUGUGACAUAUUAUCAGUAGAGCAGGUGUUUAAAUUAGCUAAAUCAUCCACCACAAGUGUUCAGGCAAUUACUUUUUAAUAAUUGCAAAAUUAACAGCAAACCUGAAAAUUCAAAAGACAGAAAUUUGUAGCGGGCUGAAUGUUCUGUUUUGGUGUGUUUACAUACUUUCUGUGUGGGAAGUGUUUGUGGUUUUUGAAUAUAAUCUUUGCCCUUUCUACUACUGGAGCUGUUGUAUGUCGGUUGCCAUGGCAACGGUUCUGCAUAUCAUAUUAAGCUGAUGUAAAAAGAGAAUUGGUUUCAAGUUGUUCUCCUGGGUUUCUACGACCCUGGACUAAUUGCAUUAUUUGUUUGUAGAACGUGGCCUUAUUCAAAGCAAUCAUAAAAUUAUAAAACAGGAUAAAAUAUUAUAUAAAGCAUAGGAGUCAAAAUUUGUUAACCAUUUCUCUAACAGCAGCAAUGAGGAUAAAUGUAAUUAUUGGCAUUAUAAAAGAGAAAUUUACUUAAUCCUCUAUUGCAUCUUGACAGAACUGACAGAAAGUUGUUUAUAUAUCUACGUCCAGAGAGAAUACAUAGUUUACAUAUCCAAACAUUGGCACUUUAUUUGAAUCUUCAAUUUAAGCCACAAUUUAAGAAAAUUGGUUCAGCAAUAUGGGGUCUAUGAUUAUUUUUGUAACAGAUUCCUGCAGUGACGUGCGGUGAAGUGCAAAGCUGGUGAGGCACUGACUUAAUCAUAAUCAGAUUUACAAAUGUAGACCACCUGCAUGUUUACAUAAGGAAAUUUCAUGCAUGCGGACAAAACUUGGAAAUUUAGGUAUUAUUAAUUUCGUGCUGUGCUUCACAGCAAAGGGAAAAAUUGUUAAAGUAAGACUCAAAACCACGAUUAUCUCGCUCUCUGCACUGACCAGGCAGAGAGCGAGAAACACUAGCAGACUCGUUGCCAUAGCAACUGACAACAACGCCCCUAAAAAAACCACUCAAACAUUUCCCACACAAAGAGCAGAACAUUCAAUCUGUUGCAGUAGUAUGGUUUUAAGCUUAAUGUUUAUUUUGCGAUUAUUAAUAAGUGAUUGCUGUGGUAACAGAAGAAAACUGAAUAUAUUGCUGCACUUUACUUUACUUUACUGUACUGCUAGUUUGCUGUUACUGUCUCUUACUCUGCAGUUGUGCAGUCACAAUGUGUGAGAUCAUGAGCGCCCCCUGCCAUGAGACAGGAGAACUGCCUGCCUCACCUUGAAUCUGUUCUCUGUCGUUUCUGAUGGCUCCUCAGCACACAAAACACGUUACACACACAGUUGGUGACAAAAAAACACUACAUUAUAUACAUGAGCUAAAUGAUGGAAAAUCAGUUCAUAAAUUAAAUGUUAUUUAACCAUUUUAUUGGUGACAUACAGACAGGAGGAGCAGCCAGUGCAGUUAGAGAGAGGUUGAUCAAUCCCAGGUGAGGCUCAGCUCACUGCUGCCUCAUCGGCUUUGCUUCUGAGCAUUUGAAUGGGAAAAUGGAAGAAUUCUGCGAUUUUGAAGAAAAAAAUAAUUAAAAUUGGUUAAGAUAAAUAAAAAAUAAAUACAGUACAUACCACAGGGUGACAAUAGCAAUAUAAAUUAUUUUAACAUAUUUUUCCCUGACUGCACGUCAAUGGAUUCCUGCUCAUCCUGCAUUGGAACAGUAAGUGGUUUUGUGGACAUAACUAAUGGCGUCUGCCGUCAACAGGUCACUGGCUUUAGGUCGAUGUUCAAUCCAGUAAUAUAUAUAAAAUAUAAUAUAAUUUCCCAUUGGGAUUAACAAAGUAUUUUUGAAUUUAAAUUUAAAUUGUAUAUAUCAAUGGUCCCUCUACAAUCCAACUGCCCCAACCAGGCACAAAAGAAGUCCCACUGAAAAUGAUGAGCAGAGAAACAGAUGUGACUUGCAGUGACGGUUUCUGAUAUGGGCAACCGCCCAGGGUGGCAUUUUGUGGGGGGGUGUAUGAUUUGAAUUUUGUAAUUGUUUUCAACUAUAGGCAAACAUUGAGCAAAUAUACAGACUGCCAAGCUGCAGCAGUGCAGACAAGAGGCUGGUUGUACUCUGGACAGGUUGCCAAUCAGAUCACAGGGCAACAUGGAGACAUAGGGCAGUCAAACAUGCACAUACAUCAGGGGUGGGCAAACCUUUUGGCUCAGGGCCCACAUUGGCUUUUAAAAUUUGACUGUCGGGCCAGGCUAGCAGCAGAUGCAUAAAUAUCAAACAUAAGGAUAAAAAAGCAUUAGUUUUAAUAUUUACAUUCACUUUUAUGGGAAAAGUGUUGUUGAUCUCCCUUUUUUGCCAGUGCAUCCAAGUCAGGUGUUAGUUUUGUUGUGGUAAUUCUCUGAACAGAUCUGAGGUUUUCAUCACUCAGCUAAGCUCUGUAGGGUGUUUUGUUCAUCACCCUAAAAGUCUGUUUGAAACAUGUAAGUAGAGCCAAACACCAGCAUCCUGUGUGCCAUCUUCUGGAUAUUUGGAAAUUUGGCUGCACUUAAUGAAGCAUAAAACCCAUCCAGUUUAAGAGAGUUGGACUUCUCCUUUAAGACAGAGUCACAUUGGAGAUCAAUCAGUUCCUGAGGUUCCGUUUCAGGGUCUUGUGUGAAGGGAGAUGAAACUAGCUGCCAUUCUCAGCGCCAUAGAUGACCGUCCUUGCGUUGACUGGUUGUUAGCAUAGUUACCAUGUCCAGCUAGGGUAAAAGUUGCGGCUGAUGUUGUUUUCUUUAAAAACAGCAACCGUUUCUUGACAGAUAAGGCAUACAGCUUUUGACCGGACUUCAGUGAAAAAGUAUUUAGUUGUCCAUUCCUUAUUGAACACUCAACACUCGCUGUCAACUUUUCUUCUCUGUGGCCCACUCAUUGUUGCAGAGUUCACAGCAGCAGAGUAUUAAUGGAGAGAAGUCCGAGCUCCACAAAAUCAAGUCAUGUAUCACAGCGCCUAAAGUGCCCCCUGGUGGAGCGCCAGACGUUACAGGACUAGACCAACUGAAUGAGUCAUGAUUAUAAUAUGAUUUGAUUUGGGCAAUUCUGUACCAAUCUUCGGCAGGCCGGAUGUGGCCCAGGGGCCGUAGUUUGCCCACCCGGACACACAUAUUUCAAGAUAAUACUAUACUCAAUUCCAACUUCAAAGAUCAAAUGGAACACACGGUUACAAUAUACGCACACUAAUGGAUGAACAGGGAUAAUAUUGAUCUGUUUGGGUACAAAGCAUUAAUGAACAUGUAUUCUGAUUUAAAGGUACUAUGGUGUAAUUUCCCUUUUAAAACUAAAGACGAAUAACUGAGAAUGGAAAUUCUUAUAUUCUUACUUGAAUUAAGCCAAUAGCCAAAAUUCCACUGAUUCAUCAGGGUUUAAUUUUCUCUCAUCUGUGAGGGUUUAUCCACUUACACAGCAGGUGAGUCUUAGAAUUAACAUUGUCCCAUUCCCUGAUUAUUCCACCAGCAGCUCACAUAAUCCAAAUUUAAACUCCAGCAACAAACUGGAGACAAUGAUGUAUGCAUCAACAACUCUGAAAUCAAUGUUGGCAACACUUACAUUGUCUUUCUCUGUCAUUCUCAGGAAACAUUACCAAGUGCAGAAAGGAGCCUCUUAGGCUGCGUUCAUAUUGCAGGUUGAAGUGACCCAAUUGCAAUUUUUUUGACGUAAUGCGACCUGUAUCUGACCUUUUUAUGACAGUCUGAACGGCACAGGUCGGAUUCCUUUCGAAUGCGACCCAUAUCUGAUACCUAUGCGAUUCAAAUGUGACCUAACGUCCAGGUCGCAUUCAUCCUAAAUGAACCUCACUGAUACUCAACAAAUCUCACUAUUCUGCAUCCUGAUACUCGCAAGCAGGAAGAUAAACAACAACCAUGACAGACUAUAAUGAGGGUUAAUUUGUUAAUAUUCUGCUCCAGUUGGACAACAACUUCAAAUUUAUGUCCACAACACUGAGCACUUCUUCUUUUUAUGCGGUUGGCAGAAUGCUGACGCUAUUGCGUCCUCUACUCCGCAUGCGGGACACUUUCAGGUCAUUCCCUGUUCACACUGCAGAAUACAUACAAGUUGGAUAUGUGUGGCAGUCUGAAGGGCCCUGGCAAAAAAAUAAGAUCCCAUUUGACAAAAAAUUGGAAUUGGGUCACUUCAGCCUGCAGUGUGAACACAGCCUUAGUCUCCUUUCUGUGCUAAGUGACUUUCACUGUUAAGUCUCGCCUGCACAAUUAUUAUCAUUAUGGUGGUUGGACACAGCAACAUCCCAGAAGUAUAAACUUACCAUAUACUUUCAACCAUGUCACAGAUAAACUUGUUAGAUAUCUUUGUUCUUACCACACACAACACAAAGUGUGUUUUAGUCAUUUAUAUUGUUUCACUCACUGUCAUUACUGUUGCAUAUUUAUUUUGUUUUAUAUAUUUAUUAAAGUUUCUACAUUGCAAGAUGAAGCAUUUCUUAGGAGCACUCAAUUGUCAUAGAAAUUGAAGUUUUGCUAAUAAACUUGCUUUACUUA